ACUUACCCUGCCUCUGUCUCACCCAGCAGGAUAUAAUUAAACCAAACCACAACCUCCUCUGCUACUGGCUAAUGAUCUUCAUUCAUCAAUGGCGAAACAAACUCCAUCUGUAAUCUCUAUCAAUCUCCCUUUGCUUCUUCUCCUCUUCACUAUAGCAGAAGUGGAAGGCAACAAGAACAACACUAUGAGUGUGAAGAAGCUGUUUGUGUUUGGGGACUCAUAUGUUGACACAGGGAAUUCCAUGGACUCAAUAUCCUAUAAGCCUCCCAGUGGAAUUACUUUUCCUGGUAAACCUGCUGGUAGAUUCUGCAACGGUCGCGUCCUCACCGAUUACAUUGCUUCCUUUCUGAAAAUCAAACCCCCUGCACCAUACGCAUUGAGAAAUUCCUUAGAGCAACAACAUGGUAUGAACUUUGCUUACGGAGGAACUGGCAUUUUCAAUACUUUGGUUGAUAGGCCAAACAUCACUGUUCAGAUCGAUUCAUUUGAGAAGCUGAUCCAGCAAAAUGUUUAUACCAAACGUGACCUUGAAUCCUCAGUUGCUUUGGUGAAUGCUGGUGGUAAUGACUAUCUCACAUAUUCAGUAAAAAACGGGAGCAUCCAGGAUAUAUCAGGCUUCACUGCAUCCCUUGUGAAGCAAAUGUCUUUAAAUCUGAAACGCAUACACACCUUGGGAAUAAAUAAAAUAGCAGUUGGAUUAUUAGAGCCUAUUGGGUGUAUGCCUAUGUUUACUGCAGCUUCUUCACAAGACAAGUGCAUUGAAACUUUCAACUUGGUCUCAAAAAAUCACAGCCAAAUGCUCUUCCAAACGGUUCAACAACUCAACAAGGAAAUGGGAAAAUCGGUUUUCAUCACACUUGAUCUCUACAACUCUUUCCUCUCCACAAUUGCAACUAUGAAGAAAGGGCAUGCUGAAAACUCAACAUUGAUGAAUCCGUUGCAACCGUGUUGUGUGGGAGUGAGUGCGGAUUAUUACUGUGGAAGUGUGGAUGAGAAAGGGGAGAAGAAAUAUAAUAUAUGUGAGAAGCCAGAGUUUUCAUUCUUUUGGGAGGGAGUUCACCCUUCUCAACAGGGUUGGUAUCAAGUCUACAAGAGGUUGCAAUCUUCUCUACAGCAACUUAGAGAGUGAAAAAAUUCUGAUCAUAUAUUGUGAAAUUGUAUUAUUUUAGCAUCCUCAGCUUUUUGAAACGUUAAAUAAUAUACAGUAUGCUUCAAUUAAUUAGAAAAUCUGCAAAUCUGGUUAAUUUGAAGUAUAGCAUCUUCAAUGAGAGAGGUUCUUAUUUUUAAGGACGGUUGUUUAUUUUGGGGAACAAUUGAAGCAUAGUGACAUGUCUUGUUACUUAAA